AUGGUCAAUUUGAACAACGACCACGGAAAAGGCCCAAUUUUGGUCAUAUUCUCUAGAAAGUCAGAGACACUAACAGAAGUUCCUCAUCGGAGAGAAGAAAGAGAUACACUGAAGAAAAGGGGCCAUCGUUUUCUUCUAGAAGAAAAUCUUCAACUUGGUAACAAGGCGAAUGAUUUCAACAACAGUAACGCUUCAUCGGGUGCUCAUUACUUUCAAGGUUUAGUAGAAUUUAUCUCUGCAACAAGCAGAAGCAAAAAGAAAAGAGUCAGUUGUCAGAGGAACGAAAUGUAUGUGGAUUUUGAGACUAUCAAGUGGGACAAGGUCAUCAUUUUCCCCAGAGGUUACCAGGCUUUUGAGUGUGUGGGGAAAUGCUACACGCCCAUGAGCGAAUACCUGACACCGACCAAGCACGCAAUCAUACAGACUCUGGUACACACCAGCUACCCAGACCAAGCCAGCCGCGCUUGCUGCGUGCCCACCAAGCUGGACCCCAUCUCCAUCCUGUACUGGGACGACAACGGUGACAUCAAGUACGACUACACCUACGAGGGAAUGGUGGUGGCUGAGUGUGGUUGUCGCUGA